GUUUAUGAUUUUUGUUAUAAUUUUCCUGUUUGGUGUUGCUAACUGUUUACUUGAAUUAUCAAUUCUGAAUAGUUAGUUGCACAUUUGACAAUGUCUAGUGGAAAAUUUUUAUUUGGUUGCAGUAUAUUUCUGAGGUGUUAGUAAUAUUGAAUCUAUUCUAUUCCAAUUCUCUUUUUAUCAGGAUAGCAAGAAACUUCUACUAAGCUUAUCCACCGCUGGUUUGUUUCAUUCAUUUCAUCUUUGCUUAUCUUUCAGUUUGUUCUUUGCAUCUCUUGCUUUAAAUUGUAGUCAUAGGACUCUGGACCCCAACACUUGAAUUUUCCUCUUUAUGUUUUCACUUGUCUUAGUACUGUUCAUCUUGUUGUUGAGUUAGCUGGAUAGGAUAGAUUGUUAUUCUGAAAGUUUUCUUUUUAAUGGGAGUUUAAUUUGGUCUAUUUUUGCAUAGUGAAAUUAGUGUUUGAUUAGGUUUGUUUUGGAAAACCAAGAAAAUGGUGUCAAGAUCUUAUUCUAAUCUGUUGGAGCUUGCCUCUGGCGAGUCUCCAUCUUUUGGCAGAAUGAGCCGGCGAAUUCCGCGAGUUAUGACGGUAGCCGGAAUCUUGUCCGACAUCGAUGAUGAUCUUUCUGAGACUGUAUGCUCUGACCCAUCAUCAUCGUCAAAUCAACGAGAAAGAAUCAUAAUUGUGGCCAAUCAGUUGCCUAUUAGGGCACAACGAAAAUCGGAUAGUGGAAAGGGUUGCAAAGGCUGGAUUUUCAGUUUGGAUGAGAAUUCGCUUCUUCUCCAAUUGAAAGAUGGAUUAGGAGAUGAUAAUAUUGAAGUGAUAUAUGUUGGAUGUUUGAAGGAAGAGAUUCAAAUGAAUGAACAAGAAGAGGUGUCACAAAUACUUUUGGAGACCUUUAAAUGCAUCCCAGUUUUUCUCCCACAAGAUCUUUUUAGCCGGUACUAUCAUGGGUUUUGUAAGCAACAAUUAUGGCCUUUGUUUCAUUACAUGCUACCUUUAUCACCAGACCUUGGUGGCAGGUUUAAUCGGUCAUUAUGGCAAGCAUAUGUUUCAUCAAAUAAGAUUUUUGCUGAUAGGAUAAUGGAGGUGAUUAACCCGGAAGAUGAUUUUGUGUGGAUCCAUGAUUAUCAUCUAAUGGUGUUACCGACUUUCUUGAGGAAGAGAUUCAAUAGGGUGAAGCUUGGGUUUUUUCUGCAUAGCCCAUUCCCUUCGUCAGAGAUUUACAAGACAUUGCCAAUCAGGGAAGAACUUUUGCGAGCCCUUUUGAAUUCGGAUUUAAUUGGGUUCCAUACUUUUGAUUAUGCUCGACAUUUCUUGUCUUGUUGUAGUCGAAUGCUUGGUCUUACCUAUGAAUCCAAGAGAGGUUAUAUAGGCCUUGAAUAUUAUGGUAGGACUGUCAGUAUCAAGAUUCUUCCAGUGGGCAUUCACAUGGGCCAGCUUCAGUCGGUUUUGAGCCUUCCUGAAACUGAGGCUAAAGUUGCUGAGCUUAUCAAGCAGUUUCGUGAUCAGGGAAGAAUAAUGUUGCUUGGAGUGGAUGAUAUGGACAUUUUUAAGGGUAUAAGUCUGAAGUUAUUGGCAAUGGAACAGUUGCUUGUGCAACAUCCUGAGUGGCAGGGAAAGGUAGUGCUGGUGCAGAUAGCAAAUCCUGCCAGGGGCAGAGGAAAAGAUGUCAAAGAGGUACAGGCAGAGACAUACUCAACGGUGGAAAGGAUAAAUGAAACUUUUGGAAAACCUGGAUAUGAUCCUGUUUUAUUGGUAGAUCAACCACUUAAGUUUUACGAGAGAAUUGCGUAUUAUGUUGUUGCAGAAUGUUGUUUGGUAACUGCAGUUAGGGAUGGCAUGAAUCUGAUACCAUAUGAGUACAUAAUAAGUCGGCAAGGAAAUGAGAUAUUGGAUAAGGUAUUGGGUUUGGAACCAUCUGCCUCAAAGAAGAGUAUGUUGGUUGUAUCUGAAUUUAUUGGCUGCUCUCCAUCCUUGAGUGGAGCAAUUCGUGUGAAUCCAUGGAAUAUUGAUGCAGUGGCAGAUGCAAUGGAUUGUGCCUUGGAGAUGCAAGACCAAGAAAAACAGCUCAGGCAUGAGAAACAUUACAGAUAUGUUAGUACCCAUGAUGUUGGAUAUUGGGCACGCAGUUUCCUACAAGAUUUGGAGAGGACAUGUUGUGAACAUGAGCACCGCAGGUGCUGGGGUAUUGGGUUUGGGUUAAGCUUUAGAGUUGUGGCUCUUGAUCAGAGCUUCAGGAAGCUAUCAAUGGAGCACAUAGUGUCAGCGUACAAGAGAACUACAACCAGGGCUAUUCUUCUGGACUAUGAUGGUACAUUGAUGCCUCAGGGCACAAUUGAUAAGAGCCCAAAUUCCAAAACUAUUGAAAUUCUAAAUAGUUUGUGUAGAGAUAAGAACAACAUGGUUUUCCUUGUUAGUGCAAAAAGUCGAAAGACGCUUGCUGAAUGGUUUGCUCCUUGUGAUAAGUUGGGAAUAGCUGCAGAGCAUGGUUAUUUUCUAAGGUUGAGUCAAGAUGAAGAAUGGGAGACUUGUAUACCAGUAGCAGAUUGUAGUUGGAAGCAGAUAGCUGAACCUGUGAUGAAGCUAUACACUGAAACAACUGAUGGGUCCACCAUUGAAGACAAGGAAACUGCACUUGUCUGGUGUUAUGAGGAUGCCGAUCCAGAUUUUGGUUCGUGCCAAGCAAAGGAGCUUCUUGAUCAUCUUGAAAGCGUGCUUGCCAAUGAACCAGUUACAGUGAAGAGUGGGCAGAAUCUUGUUGAGGUUAAGCCACAGGGUGUAAGCAAGGGACUCGUAGCGAAACGUCUACUUUCCACCAUGCAAGAAAAGGCAAUGUCACCAGAUUUUGUUUUGUGCAUAGGGGACGACAGAUCUGAUGAAGAUAUGUUUGAGGUAAUCAUCAGUUCCAUGGCUGGGCCAUCCAUUGCCCCUAAGGCAGAAGUUUUUGCAUGUACAGUCGGUCGAAAACCCAGCAAGGCCAAGUAUUAUCUUGAUGACACUGUAGAAAUCGUUCGGUUGAUGCAGGGUUUGGCUUCAGUCACAGAACAAAUGCAUCCUGCAUUGCCUUAACACCGAUGAAGAUAGGGUAAACCCUCAUUAUUUCUCUGUUUGUGAGUAGAAUGCUCUAGGUGGAUCGGUCAGGGUACUUUAAUUUUGUCAUUUUUAAUUUCUUUCCAGAUGUAAAUUGUCUUAGUUUUACAGAGCAGUAUGGAACUGAAACUUUGUUUUCUAUGCAUGUGUUUGUUCUUCAUUGCAGUAAAGCUGUAAAUACAUGUUUGUCCAUGAAAUCUGACUCAUCUGAGCUUCUAUCAGACAGUUUUGACUUGUUUUAUAUUAAAACAAGCAAAUCAACGUAGAACUUUUACCAA